AUGUCUCAUUAUUAUUUUGGAAUUUUGGGCAACACUUAUGAGAUAGACUACGAAGAAGCAAAAGCUGGUUUUACGGAGAUAUUCAAACGAAGACAGAAAAAAGGGAGAAAUCGUGAUGAACAACAAUCGAAACCUGAAGAAUUCACGGGCAAGGUUCGGAAUGGAAAUGAUGUCACUCAAGCUACGUCUUUCUUGGAGUCCAAGGAUCAGAUUAACAAACGAGAAGAGGAUAAUUUAGAACAGAUUAAGAGACAAGGCGAGAAUAUUUCCGAAAAGAAAGAGAAUAAAAGAUUAAAUGAGAAUACGAUUGUAACAUCUUGUGCAAAGGAAGCAAAAUAUGAUGUGAACGUUGAAAAGAAGGAACCAGUCGUUCUGGUAUCACAAAUGAAUUAUGUAAGUCGUAUCCCGCCAGUUCGCGAACAUGUCUGCAAACUUCUGCCUCGUGACAUCCAGUUUUGUGUAAACAUGAUUGAGAAGCAUGGAGAAGACUAUGAGGCGAUGGCAAAAGAUCAAGGUAAUGUUUUCCGUGACUCAGCCAAGGGAAUAGCGCGGAAAAUACGAAUUUUCAAGGAAAGUCCACAAUAUAAAGCAUAUUUAAAACAAAAAGCUGAAAAGAACGGUUCAGUCGCAUAA